AUGCUUUCUUUUCUCUUGCUCUUGGUGGCCUUCCCCGGGAAAGCACUCGCAACUCGCGAGUCUUCCAUGCAACUGCUGCAGCACAAGAUGGUCCUCAGUGGGCCAAGAGAGCUUCGCUUGGAGAAGGCCGAGCCUUUGGAUUGGCUUCACUUCCCGAAAUGCGGCAGCUCUCUCAUCAACGCGCUGGUCCACCUGCCCGGAGUCUGCCCGCUGCUUGGCGACCUUACCCUGGACGAGGAGCUCCUCGGCCCCUGCUGGUUGGAGGUGUUUGGCCUCGACUACUGCGUGAAGCUCUGCCAGGAGGAGAAGUUCUCCUGUCCUCGUAACACCUCCUUGCCACACCACCCCAUGGUGAACUUUUCGGCCCAGAAAGGCCACUUGGUGGGGAUGUUCCGGGAUCCCGAUCAGCGCAUCCUCUCUGGCUACCACGACGACUUCAACAACUUCGCGGCGGUCGACUACAUCGACCACCUGGAGGACAUGAUCUCGGAUCCCGACCUGGACAUGGAGAACUGUACAGCUUCCUUGCGUGGCCUGCCAAAGGUGCCCAUUUUGGAGUUUGCUGAGGGUUGGAAAGGCGGGAUGACAUACCAGCUAGUGACAGAGCACCCGACCACUCAGACACUCGAUCCAAUGCGACCCCGGAUGACGCAGGCAGAUGCAGAGGAAGCAGCGCGCAGGGUACGUGAAGGUUUCGCAUUUGUAGGCAUCACAGAAGAGUGGGACUUGUCCAUGUGCCUGCUCCACAAGAUGUUUGGGGGAGCCUGUAAGGCCUCAGAUUUCGAAAACGCUAACCCAAGCUACCCCGGGAAGUCUGCCGAACUGGACUACGACACCUCUGAGCUUCGCGGCUGGCACGACGAUGUUGACGAGGUGGUUUAUGCUGCAGCCCUGGACGUGUUCCGCCAAAACUUGAUCGCGUACAACGUCUCCCACGAGACGUGCAGCGAGUGCUACAGAAGUGCCGGAAGAGCAUCGAGCUUCGAAGAGUCUUCCCGUAAGCAUAACCUGAGCUCCCUAUAG